CAAGAUUUGUAUAAGCAAGCAUUAGUUUCAACAGAACUUGAAAAUGAUUCAUGGAAAGAAAUUAAUACAGAUGACAUACCAGUUUUACAAGAAAUAAACUAUGAGGAAACUAGUGAUGAAUUUACUGAAGAGAUUUCUUUGACUAGGGCAAAACCAAUCAUAUCAUGCAUUAUAAUAGAUAAUGAUCAUAAAGAGAUACGUUACUAUAAUUUAGCCAGUAAAGGAUAUAAAAUAGAUUUGGGGUGUGUUGAAAUAUACUUAGAUGAUACUACAUCUGCUCUUUGUCGCUUUGUGAAGUUAAUUGAAAUGGUAGCACAAUCAGAGAACAAUGGAGUAAAAAACAAUUUACUUCGAAUUCUUUUUUCAUACUUUGAAAACUUUGACUUAGAUUUAUUAUCUGCACAAUCUAAUAAAUUACCUAGCUUAUUUGUAAUUAAUACGGUCUUUAAAAUUAAAAAUUUUGAUUUUUCUAAACAACAAUUUACACAAAAACCUAAAAAAUAUGAAGAAUCUGAAAAAUUAUUUGCUCUUGAAAUUUUAAAAUUAUGA